AAAUACACAAAAGAAAGCACCUAUAGACGAAAGAACGCACCUAUUGUACUUUUUUUUAAGGGUAAAACAGGUUUUGUUGAUUUUCUCACAAUGACAGAUUCCUUAGCAAAGUACGCUGUAUAUAUCGAUGAUUUUAGCAAAAUCUGCGUUUUGGAACCAGACGUAGUAAAUCAAAGUGAAAAAUUAAAAACAGACUGCUAUGGCUUUAUUACGAAAACAACAGAUUUUAAACAAAAAUCAGAUGAAUUUAUAUCACAAAUGGAUGAAUUGGCAAAAGAUGUAGAACGAGAAAAAAUGCAAACAAUAGGAGCAAGAAAUGUUUUUCGAUCUGUUGCUAAGCAACGAGAGACAGAGAAAAGAAAAAUACAGACGCUAAUGAUGGAAAAGGCAAUGGAACUCGAGAGACUACGAAUUGAAUUUGAGUCGUUAAAAAAAAUAGAAGUGGAACAACUUGAAACUAUUGAGCACUUAACAGUUAAUUGAAUUUACAAAGGAAAAAAAAAUUAAAAUUGAACUUUGCGUCUCUUAUCUUUCAUGUUGUCGAUAUUGGAUAUAUUUAAUAAGCUGCAGAAAGAAAUAGUUUUAAACCAGAAUAAGUGAAUAACCAUUUUCUUCUGAUAAAAAUUUAUAUAAUUUUGUUUAUUUUAAUUCUCGAUACAUUAACUUAAUUAUGAUUCUUUGUUCAUUUUGUGUGUGUACUGUUGAGACUGGCUACAGUACGAAUAUGUGAAAGCUAAAGACAAAUAACCAAGUUGUAUUGUUUUUUCAUUUUGUAUUUCUUCGAAACAAUUAUUAGAGAAUUUUUCUCAUUCUCAAAAGGCACAUCUUUCUUUUCUCAUGGUUUCAAAAUAUUUUUCAGUUAAUUAUCUGUAUGUAUGUUUGUGAUAACGUCAAACAUCUAAUAAUAAUUGAAAAUUUCGAUUUCAAGUAAUUCUCAUAAUUCACAAAGAAACUACAAAGUUUACGUCAUCAGCCAAAACUGUUAUUUAAUCUAUAGAAUUGUGUUAGGAAAAUAAAACGAAAAAAAAAAAAAAAAAUGCAUUAUUAUUGUAAAAAUAAAAAAUGUUUUUGAAAUUUUUGAAAUACAAUUAUUUCUAUCAUCUAAAAUUACUUUUUUUUAUUGAUUUUUUUUUUUUUUUUUUUUGCUUGUUUAUAUCGCAAAUAUUUACAUACCUAAUACACCUUGUUAAUGUAAGUAACGUAUAUUUACUUUUUUUUAAAAUUAAGCAAAUAAAUAAAUUAACAUUAUUUUGCUUAGGAGUUGAUGAUUGUCAUGAAAUUUAAAUUUUAAUACAAAUAAAGAUUUUUUUCCGAUUGAAUGAUGGACCUGGUUUGUAUAUGAUUUUUUUUUAUUUUAAUUGUAAAUAUAGGUUAAUAAUAGUAAUAAUAAUAAUAAUAAUAAUAAUAAUAAUAAUCGAUUUGGAGUAAAACUAAGGUUUGCUUGUUCUUUUUUCGUUUUUAAAAUAUAUUUUGCGAAGAUAUCUUGCUUCCUCGAAUCAACUCCAUGUGCUCCAAAUUGUUAAAAAUUAACUUGAACACACAAUACAUCGAUUUUUUUUCUUUAAAUUUCAAUUUUACCAAAACACAAUCGUGCGUAGGGGCGUAAGAGAGAAGAGCUUUAUAAUUGCUGACUUUAAUGUUGGUAAACAAAAAAAUAAUUAUUCAAAAAAAAAAAAAAAAACGAUAAAAAUAAUCAGAAAAACUAACUCACGUUCACUUUAGAUAGUUCAUGUUUUUCUUUUUUCAUUUCUUUCUGUCAGUUUUUAUCAACCUUUUUUUCUUUUUCCGCCAUUGUUAAAAUUAACAUUUUCAAACGGCUUCAAUUUUAGCUCGUUUUUCAUCAAUGGGAUUGUCAUUUGUAACAGAUUCAUUGGAUUCUGGAUUUUGUGUUGCUUUUCUUUUUUUUGUAUCUUCAACUUCGU